AGAAUUUUCUCGCCGGAACUAGAACAGGAGCGCGUGGGUAUAUAACCGGCAUCGGACGCCAGACAGACAAUAGAUUCCGACUUGAUCCGAGUGUGCUCGGAAAGCGAUUAUUCAUUUGUGCUUUAUUGAGUUUCCAUUUCUUGCGGAAAUAUAAGUAUUCUUUGGACGAAGACUGAAUUGGAAUAAAAACAUACAGUCUAUUUAUUGUGAAUAUUAGUUAUGGCUUUAGCUACUUUAUUCGACGAUUUGCCAUUGUCAGCUUUGAUGGAUGGAAAUCGACGCCGUCGUAACAGACCAUUGAUGCUCAAUCUUCUGGAUUUCCUGGAAAAUCAAAUGGAUCAAAAAGUUGGACAUGUUUUCCGGCGUUUACCUGCUGUUCUUCUCGAUGUGGAUGAUGAAUACGAAAGCGGAACUGACAAUGGCCGAAAACGAAAGCGCAAAUCCGAUGCUGUGUGUUCCUAUGAACCGAAAACGAAAGUGCAAGUGACAACUAAAGGCGACAAGUUCCAAGUGCAGCUGGAUACUUCCAAUUACCAACCGGAGGAAAUUACUGUGAAAGUCAUCAACGACAAGCUUGCCAUUACUGCCAAACAUGAGACCAAAAGCAAUGACGUGUACGAGUAUCAUGAAAUGGCUCGUUCUUUCGAUUUGCCGGAAGGUGUGGAUCCACAGACUGUCACUUCUAGUUUGAAUUCCAAUGGUCAACUGACCAUCGAAGCCCCCAUUAAACCAGCCAAAGAGGUUAAUGAAAGAGUUGUGCCAGUUAAAAUGACCGAAGAGUCGCAGCCAAAUGAAACUUCAUCUGAAAAUAAGGACACUCAAACCCAGAGUGGUGAGAGUAAGUGAGCUGUAGAACUUUAAAUCUCAGUAUUCAAUUAUGUCCAUUUUAAUUGUUUUUUGUAGUUCCUAGUGUAUUGUUGCAUUUCGAUGUUAAAUCAUUCAUCAUAUGUGUAUAACAUGUACAUG